AACUGUACGCUCAGUAGUGAGGGAGGCUGACCCUGUUCACCAACACCACUUAUUAUUGCUCCACAUCAACAUUACAAGUCGAAACUUCUGACAAUCCUGCACCUUGAACAGAGUUCAUAUCCUGUCAUUCACAGUUCUUCAGGGAAUUUUGGCAUUCCUGGCUAUUCACACCAUUUUCUUUGACGUCACGCUGGGCUGGUCUGCCAUAUUCCCUCAUCUUGGGGCCUCACUGCUCGUCUCGCCCCGGCACACCCCGCAGACACAGGUCCAUUUCUUCAAUUUCACAUUUGUCCCUGGCCUGUGUCGUGCCUGGUCCUUCAAAGCACUCUCUGAACCACUGCACGGUCGAAUUCCGGAGCGUGAGAGCUCAUCAUGUCGUGGAAACUCACCAAGAAGUUGAAGGAGACGCACCUCGCUCCGUUCACUAGCACCUUUAGCCGCUCUUCAUCGACGUCCACGAUUACUCCGGAGGCUCAGUCCGAUGCAAGCUCAACUGCCGCCAGCUCUAACACUUCAAAGGAUUCCUCAGAAUCAUAUACGUCUCUUCCGCCGCCUCCGGUAAAGCCCGGCAUUCUCAUUGUCACGUUACAUGAAGGAAAGGGUUUCUCGUUGCCCCAGCAAUUUGAAGAGACUUACAACACCCAAAACCGGCAUUCAAUUGGAGGAUCCUCGUUUGUUUCGGGCUCCAUUCGGCCAAACUCUUCUUCGCGCACCCCAGGCGGAAAUGUAGGCUCGUACGCUGGUCGUCCGCAGUCUGCUACCGCCGGCAUCAACGCAGCUCCUACCAAUCAUGGCCGGUACUCUACCAAAUAUUUGCCAUAUGCCCUCCUCGACUUUGACAAAGUCCAAGUCUUUGUCAAUUCGGUGUCCGGUACGCCGCAGAAUCCACUUUGGGCCGGCGACAACACUUCGUACAAAUUCGACGUGUCUCGCGUCACCGACCUGUCCGUCUCACUCUUUCUCCGAAACCCCAAUGCUAACCCCGGCGCUGGUCGCAACGAGGACAUCUUCCUUGGAACUACUAAAGUGCAUCCGAGAUUUGAAGAAGCUAGGCAGCACGUCGAGGACCCCAAAGCCAGCAAAAAGGAGAAGGAGAAGGCUGCGGCUGCUUUUGCGCAGCAGGAGCGUUCUCUGGGUCAAAUAGGCGCAGACUGGUUGGAUAUUCAAUACGGCACCGGCUCAAUCAGAAUUGGCGUCGAAUUUGUCGAAAAUAGGCAACGAUCGUUGAAGAUUGAGGACUUUGAGUUGCUCAAGGUCGUUGGCAAAGGUAGCUUUGGCAAGGUUAUGCAGGUUCGGAAAAAAGAUACCCAUCGUAUCUACGCGUUGAAGACGAUCCGCAAAGCGCAUAUCAUUUCUCGUUCGGAGGUUGCUCAUACUUUGGCCGAGCGCUCAGUGCUGGCGCAAAUCAACAAUCCGUUCAUCGUCCCCCUUAAAUUCUCGUUCCAAUCCCCAGAAAAGCUUUACCUCGUGCUGGCGUUCGUCAAUGGCGGCGAACUGUUCCACCACCUGCAAAAGGAGCAGCGAUUUGACGUCAACCGCUCGAGAUUCUACGCCGCCGAGCUUCUCUGCGCUCUAGAAUGUCUGCAUGGCUUCAACGUCAUCUAUCGUGAUCUGAAGCCGGAGAACAUCCUUUUGGACUACUCUGGUCACAUUGCGCUCUGCGACUUUGGGCUCUGCAAACUGGAUAUGAAGGACGAGGAUAGAACAAACACUUUCUGCGGCACGCCCGAAUACCUGGCACCGGAGCUCCUGCUCGGCCAUGGUUACACCAAGACCGUUGACUGGUGGACCUUGGGAGUGCUUCUCUAUGAAAUGCUUACUGGUCUACCGCCAUUCUACGAUGAGAACACCAAUGAGAUGUAUCGGAAGAUCUUGACCGAACCACUACACUUUCCAGGUCCCGAAAUCGUACCGGAGUCGGCCAAGAACCUGCUCACAAAACUCCUGGAUCGAAACCCGGCUACUCGUAUGGGUGCGAAUGGCGCGGCAGAAAUCAAGGCUCACCAAUUCUUCCACAGCAUUGACUGGAGGAAGCUUUUGCAGCGCAAAUAUGAACCAAACUUUAAGCCGAACGUGACUGACGCACUUGAUACGGCAAACUUUGAUCGAGAGUUUACCUCGGAAGCUCCCACAGAUUCCUAUGUCGAUGGCCCGGUGCUUUCCGCCGAUAUGCAACAGCAGUUUGAAGGCUGGUCCUACAUCCGUCCUGUUGCUGGUCUUGGCGAUGCUGGGGGUAGUGUCAAAGACCCUUCUUUCGGUAGUGUUUCGGGCUACUGAAACCGUGAGGGCUUGAUGGGCAUUUUGCGGUCCAGUGUCGGCAAUGCGCAUGGAUAUUCUGGUCCUAGCUGAUCUUGACCGUACAAUCUUUCAUUUGGGUUUGGUGGCUGUUCUGCAUGGCGAUGGGAGAUUUGUUUUUUUCAAUCGUUUUCCGAAAUUGAAUUUUGCUCAGAGGCGUGCUACGUACUUUAGCGCAUAUGGGAUCAAUCACAACGUAGAGUGAAUGCCAUCAUUGAGGUUUUCAAGAUUUUUUUAUUGAUCUGUCAUAUGAAAUUAUUGAAGGAUCGUGGGGUCAAUUAUUGGAUACAAUUUCAGCCCAUUGCAACAGCAAUCCGUAGUGUAUAUGUGGUGGGGGCGUACUUCCGCGG